GUCUUGCGUGUGCGUGUGCGUGUGCUCAGCCACAGCGUGAGGGGCACCUGCUCGUCUGGGCUCACAGCGGAGGAAGCCUCGCCGGGAGCUGCAGCUGCUGCCGCCCUUGGUGCUGCCGCUCGCAGGCGCCGGGCUCCCCGCCGCCGCCGCCGCCGCCUGGUCUGCUGGAGUUGGGCUCCGUGGGGCUUCCCCUCUCGCAGCCUCGGUCCUUCCCGGCUGCCUGCAAGUCAGCCUGGCUGCGAGUCACGUGUCAGUGCCUGAGGCAGAGACUGAGAGAAAAAAACGCGCUUCAUUCCUUCUUCCACCGCCAUACUGUAUUUUAUCCUAAAUCUCAUUUUUAUUCCAACAUUUUACUCCCUCUCGGACUAAAACAAGGUGAGCCAACCAUGACUGGCAAAACACAGACCAGCAAUGUCACCAAUAAGAAUGACCCCAAGUCCAUCAACUCGCGUGUUUUCAUUGGCAAUCUAAAUACAGCCAUUGUCAAGAAAGUUGACAUUGAAGCCAUUUUCUCAAAGUAUGGAAAAAUAGUUGGCUGCUCAGUUCACAAAGGUUAUGCAUUUGUACAGUACAUGAGUGAGCGGCACGCAAGAGCUGCAGUGGCUGGAGAAAAUGCCAGGAUCAUCGCAGGCCAACCACUUGAUAUCAACAUGGCAGGAGAACCCAAACCAUACAGACCAAAACCUGGAAAUAAGAGGCCCCUUUCUGCAAUUUAUAGACUUGAGUCAAAGGAACCUUUCCUGUCUGUUGGUGGUUAUGUCUUUGACUAUGAUUACUACAGAGAUGAUUUCUACAAUAGGUUAUUUGAUUACCAUGGGCGUGUGCCUCCACCUCCCCGUGCAGUAAUUCCGCUGAAGCGUCCCAGAGUGGCUGUAACAACUCGCAGGGGGAAAGGAGCCUUUUCCAUGAAAGGGGGAUCAAAAUCUACUGCCAGUGGAUCUUCUUCAUCAGGCUCUAAAUUGAAAUCAGAUGAAUUACAGACAAUCAAGAAAGAAUUAACCCAGAUCAAAACUAAAAUUGACUCCUUGUUAGGGCGCCUGGAGAAGAUUGAGAAGCAGCAGAAGGCGGAGGCAGAAGCUCAGAAGAAGAAAUUGGAAGAGAGUAUAGAGCUGAUCCAAGAUGAAUGUGUGUCAGAGAAUGCAGAUCACUCUACAGAGGAGCCUGCUGAAGGAGGGCCAGAUGCCGAUGGAGAAGAGAUGACUGAUGGGAUAGAGGAGGACUUCGAUGAAGAUGGGGGUCAUGAGCUGUUUCUACAGAUAAAGUGAUCUGAAGUAAUGAAUGAUGUCAUAAAAGCAGAAAAGAAACUGUGACAACACCCAGAAAUAUGAAAGGAGGCUUCUUACUGCAUAAUAGUAUCUUUGGUUCAAUUUAUAAAAACCCAAAUAAAAUGGACAGUAUUGUUCAAUUUUAGAAAUUCCAUUUCUUCUAUGUUCUAAGCUGUAUAAUUGUCAGGUUUUUAUGGUUUAGACUGUAAAUGUGUUUUUUCCCUUUGCUAAUUACAUUUUUUUUUAAGUCUUAAAAUAUGGAGGACAUUUAUGAAUGGUAAGGGAGACACCGUAUACAAAUGUAUAUUUGUAAAAGCUAUUUUUAUGAUUAGCAUGUUUUACUUUUGGUCAUAUAUAAAAGUCAGGUGAUAUUGCAAUUAUACACUUAAAACUUAUUUCCAACAAUGUCAUGUAAGAAAAGAUGCAUUUUAUGCUAGUUUUUAUAAUUUAUUUUUAAGUUAUAGUUUAAAGUACUUCAGAUCAUAAGGAUAAUACUUGAAAAGUUUUAUUUCUGCCCUCAAUAAGCACCAUUUUUAUUAAUAAAUAAUGCAAAUAUUUCAGAUGUAAUUCAAUAGCUAAAGGACUGUUGGUUUGCCGUAUGAUUAAAUUGAGCAUUCUCUGCUCGACUGAACUGAAAUGACCCAAUUACUACCCAAUAUUUCAGUCUGGGUAGGAGAUCCCAUGGACAGGUUUUAAUGCCCAUACUGGUGAGAACUAAAUUGGCAGGGAUGAUUGCCUUGUCUUUGGAUCCAAAAGUUCAAAUUAGUACAUACAUCACUUCAGUUCAUCUCCUAUUGCUCGGAACUCUCCAUUCCCUGGUAUUGCAAGUGUUUUCCAGAUGCCCUUAGCCAUUGUCUUGUGCUGUGGAAAUGGAAGAAACCAUCUUCACAGACUGUAGGAGAAUUCAGCAUAUAAUUUCUUAAUAAAUACUGUUUCUUUUAAAACAAA